AUGUAUGGCAGCAAACCAAAGCAUGAGAAAUAUGAAAAUGGGGAAAGUAUCAUGGAUUCCACUUCUUCUGGAAGCCAGCAGACCUUCUGUGCCAGGGCAGCUGUUGAGAAUGCAGCACAUGGCUGUUGCCAGGCUCUGGAAGUGGAAAUUGAGCGAAGUUUGUGCUCGCCAGCUUUUAAGAGUCACCCUGGGAGCCAGCUGGAGGAUUCUGUGAAAGACUCAGACAAGAAAGGCGAGGAAACAUCUUGUAACAAGAUGUCACCUGAAAGUGGUCACAGCCACAUCUUUGAAGCGAUUGCUGGCCCUAAUAAGCCUGAGAGUGGAUUUGCAGAAGACAGUGCCGCUCUGGGCGAGGUUGUGUCAGACCUCCACGAAGUGGUCUCCCUGAAGGAGCGGAUGGCAAGGUACCAGGCAGCCGUUUCCAGGGGUGACUGCCGCAGCUUCUCUGCUAAUAUGAUGGAAGAAUCAGAAAUGUGCACAGUGCCUGGUGGUUUGGCCAAGGUGAAGAAACAAUUUGAGGAUGAAAUUACUUCUUCCCAUAAUACCUUUGCUCAAUACCAAUAUCAACAUCAGAACAGAUCUGAGCAG